UUCACGUCGCUUUUAUUCACAGUUUAAGAAAGAACGUUCAGGGUGUGUUUUGGGUUGUUUUUAUAUUCUUAAUAAUACACAACUCUUUGUGUUUUGUGUUUGACCCGAUUCAUUUUCAAAGUCAUUUGUGUUCAUUCGCGGGAGCGCGCUAUUAUGGAGCUACGCUUUACGAUUGGUCAGCCAUGCACAUCUCAUGUCAAGUGGCGCCAGAUCUCGUGUUAUUGACAUUCGCCUCCCAGUUGUUGAACAGCAAAGCACCACACACGGAAAGUUUUGUUUCCUAACCUUAAACUUCCUUGUAAAGUCGUUCAUAACUGUGAACAAAAAUUCCCGACGCAUAAUGAUCUUAUUGAGAUGUUGGCGACGGAAUUUCAUACUGCUAAUCGUUGUCGUCUGCAAGUGUUGGGAUGGAGUUAUUGCUCGCCAAAAGGCGCGAGGACAUGGGCAGAACGAACCGUCCGCAAAAUCAAUUCCUCGUGUAGCAGCUACAAAUGAAACGAAUGCGGUUCAAAGUUCUGCUGAUGAAACAGGCUUGGAAUUAGAGAAGCCACAUCAAACAGCAGGCAUUCUCAAUCUUGGAUGUCAAGGAAUCCGGAUUCGUAGGUAUGUGUCGAAUGGCCGCUGCACGAGUAGAAGACCAUUCCGCGACCUAAUUUGCGAUGGACAGUGCAUGCCUAUGGAUGAGCUGCCCUGGUUUCCGGAAUAUUCCAAAGUCAUCAGUCGUCGUAAGAGAGAGUGGCGUUGUGUCCCGGACGAAGUUAAAACUAAGAAGGUGACUGUGGUGUGCAUAGACGGGAACAAGUUCAAGUAUCGGGUACGAGUUGUUCGCUCGUGCAAGUGUAAGAGAUACACACACAAACAGAACCAAACGAACCCUUGACGAGUUCUGUUCAAAACAAAACAAAAUCUACAAUGUGGAGCAACUGUCAAAAGACAUUCCCGCACAGACAUUCCUUCACUCUAUUGCUUCGUAAUGUAACAUACAGUUGUACAAAGUGUCAGUGAGUUGUAAAUUGAAUGAACUCUGGUACGUCAACACGACAGCUAAGUGCAAUACUUUCCGUUGCACGCGUUUAUAUUUUGUAUAAAUUUCUUGCCUGUUGUGCACCUUGCGAUUUAUCUACAGCCGGUUACAUCACAAUUUGGUACAACAUUGCCGAGUGCUACAACAGUUUUUGACUGAUAAUUGUGUUAGAAGUGUUAACAGCGGAGCACACGUGUCAACCGCAUGGCGAUUCGCAUCAAACCAUACUACACUGAAAACUUGUAACAUUAACCAACAACAUCGAGUUGCCCGAAGUCUCAUCAAAGAUAUUCGACCAGGGAAUUGCUCAUGUUAUGCAAGUCUACUGUUAGUCAUGUCUUCGCAAAAGGCGGUCCGUUAUUAUCAAACCGCUUGAUCGAAACUUUGUGUUGUGAGCAAUUGAGUCUUCAGAUCAUAAAAAGAAAAUUUAUAUAUUAUAUAUAACAGAAGUAAGAUAGAUUGUUAGCGUUUCGUUAGAAGCAUGGCUCUUGAAUACUAGAAAAUGUAAAUAAGCUAUGUGUUCUUAUAGAAUCUUAAGUAAUUAAACCAAGGAGAGCCAGUGGCGUGUUCACUUCUUAUGGUCAUACUUAGGUUGUUGAGGCGCAUAGACAAGACCAUGUUGUACAUUUGAUCCGAACAUUCUGUAAGACAGUUCCUAGAUCGCAAUAUAUAAAUAAAGUUUAUUAGAGAA